AUGCUCAGCCGUCUCUUCGCCCAUGCCACUCGAUGUGCCACUAGUCGACGCCACCUGACGACGUCACCGACGUCCGCGCUCUUUAAUCGUACCACUCUCCAGCGAUUCCGUGUGCACCGCACUGGCUCUCUGUCGUGUCUGACCGCUUUCAUCGCCUCGCGAUCGAGAACCGCCACGUUCACUCGACGCGCGAGUUCGUCGACGUCGAAACGUCCGAACACGUUAGUGACGACUUCUUCCACGGAAACGAAACCGUCGCACCUUGAGAGGCUGAAAGACCUGUGGCGCAAGUAUGGGGUCGUAGCGAUGGGGACGUACUUUAGUCUAUACGGAGCCGUACUGGGCUCGAUCUACCUGGCGAUUGACCAGGGAUGGGUCCACACUGCCACGGGCAGGAACUCGCGCGAACACGAGCAGCAGUCGGACUUUGAUUUGGUGUCCACGACCAACAAAUUUGUCAAAUGGGCAGAAGACGUAGGCAUUGCGCAGUAUUUGGAGGUAGAGCGCGUGAACGCCAAGACGGGCUCGUUUCUGCUAGCGUGGGUCGCGACAAAGUUUACCGAACCUCUUCGGUUGGCGCUAACGGUCGCUGCAACGCCGCGGAUCGCGCGCUUUCUUGGCCGGGCACCGAAGCUACCGCCGAAGACACCGGGAAAACUGGCGACGAUGAUGCAAAAACAGCCGACGUUGACGAAGGAGCAGCAGCCACCCAAAGCGUAG